AUGAGGGUUAGCGUAAGCGGAUGGUCAAGAUCAAGGGCACUCCCUACACUACUUGGUUCUCUAUCAGUGUUGUUAGAUUCCCUACUCGCAGAGCUUGGGCCAUCUGGGUUCUGCCGCUUGUCCUGUGCUUUGCGGGAUGAGCUACCUACACCAGCAGGAGAGAGUUCUGGUCUGGAAUUGCUAAAAUUUCGUGAAGCUGGAGUUGAAGUCGUUUGGAAGGACAUCAGAAAGCGAUGGGACAGGCAAUCUCAGGCAUUUUAUAACUUAUUUAGACAGGCAGACAGAGUUGAAAAGCUUGCUGAAAUUAUCCAAAGAUUGGAGCAAGGUGAUCUGAAGCUUAGAGUUCGGACUUUAGAAUCUGAGAGGGCGUUCCAGCGAGUUGCUACUGUCCAGAAGACUGUUGGAAAUGUGAGUUCAGCUGGCAUAUUAGCUAGUGCAAUUAUGCGUAAUGCCUAUCUUUUCGGAAGUUGUUUAGGUGCAUAAUAAGUUAAUAACCUCACAAUGGAACUUCUCAUUAUAUACAAGCACUGAAGUAGUUCAUUUCAGUGAUUUAUACACAUUUUCACCUUGUCUUAAAGAUUGUUGGAUGAUAGGAUCAUCGGAGCAACAAAAUAUACCAAUUUAUGUAGUAACAUUGUUAUACUACAUCAGAAUCCUGUUUAUGAUAAGUAGAAACCUGCUUAAUCGUGU